AGACUCCCUACAACUGGUGUUAUUGAUCUGCGCGUGAUUAUGAAAACGGAUCAACUAUACACAUAUUUUUCCCGAGCAAGGUCACCUCUACUAGUAUCGGCACUGAGUUACUUUCCCUCGUCAUGCAAAGAUUUUAGUGUUGAUCUUAGAUCUUUCUCGACCUUGAGCAUCUUCUUCUUCACGAACAGCAGCGACCGUUGCCGGCAACAUUGAGUAAACAUGAUAGUUUCACCGCCCAAAUAGUACGUACUUACAGCAGUAUAUGCGCUUUAAAUGUUUUUCCCAUUUUAGUUCUGAAGAUCCGCUCCCCUCACGACGACCCUCAGUAGCUAUAAGUAGAAAGUUUUCUUUUCGUUUUCCCAUUCCCCACCUGGCGAUCAUACUAGAUCACGACCAGUGCUAGCGACAGCAAGUUGAUUUUCCUUUCCUCAAAAUGGCCACCAGCGCGGACGCGUUCCUGGCGGACCUGGAGGAUUUAGAGGAGGAUUUUGGUUUUGACAACCAGCAGCAGUGGAACCAGGACGACUACUAUGAGGAUGACGACAAAAACAAGGAAGAAGAGGACGCCGACAAGGAAAAGGAGAGCGUCCACAUUUCGCAACUUCUACAAAAACCGGAAUUCCUGCAAACAAUCACCGAUGUGAACGUUUCCCGGGACAAAUUGCUCAACCCCGACGCCCCGCCCGCAAAACCAUUCCGCCCCGUGACCGCACCGCCGCCCGGUGCCGCCGGCAUAGAUCAUAUGGAGGAUGAAGACGAGGUAUCAAAUGCAAAAAUGUCUGGGUCUGGAAACUUGUAAUGCUGUGUUGGGAAUAGUGAAUGCUCUGUAAUGCACAGCCAAGCAUGAGAAAUAUCUGCGCCUCUUUGUGUUGCGUUUCUCGCAUGAGAAACUGCGUUUUUGCAUGACAGGCAAACGGGUCUCUUCUUGGACACGCAUCACAAACUUUUUUGUCAUGCCAGACAAGCAUGACAAAUCUUGCAAUCAUCCAGACCCAGACAUUUUUACAUUUGAUACGAGGACGAGGACAUGGACGCCCCGCUGCCCGAGACGCUUCUCCCCCCGGAGGAUGACGAUAAUCUUGUUCCCGGUAAGAACCAGACCGGCGGGGGCAGUAGCAGCAGUUCGAGCACGGCGCUAGCCAGCAACCCAGAGUUGGACAAAACGUUCACGGAUUCCGAUCCGGAGUACCAGUUGGUUUCGAAAUGUAACGCACUGGUGAAGGAGAUUGACGACGAAUUGAUUCUGCUCUACACCGAGGUGAAAUCCAUGUUUCAGAACAAGUUUCCGCAGCUAGAAAACAUUCUCGUCCAUCCGUUGGAUUACCUGCAAGUGGUGCAGCGGGUAUGUGAGCACAUCAAGCAGGAAGAGAUUGCCGAUGUGGAUUUAGCGAAGAUCGAUUUCACGGACAUACUACCCAACCAACUGAUCAUGACGAUGACGAUCACGGCGACGCACUCGAAAUCAACACCGCUGGAGCCGCAUCAGUUGGAGCGGGUAUAGAGUUUAGAAUAGCUUUCGUUUACUCUUUAGAUGGACUUCUGCUGCAUAAAGGUUUUUCUUGCCUUCAAUCAGAAUGGUGGGAGAAGAUUUAUGCCUGUUCCUAUUAUUUUUUAACUCAUUUACAUUUUCAUCGUGAGUUUCUGAAAUGCAAAUGACCCACUGUUCCGUUCAGGCCGCCGUGGGUUGCCAGGAGGCCCUCCUUUUGAAGGACCACCAGUCGAGCAUAUUGCUGUACCUGGAGAGCCGGAUGAGCAUUUUCUGCCCGAACUUGGCCACCCUUUUGUCCGCGAGCCUGGCCGCGAAGGUGGUCACCGCGGCGGGCGGGCUGAAGGCGCUGAGCCAAAUGCCUGCGCAGAACAUCAUGCUCGUGGGGCAGGUGAAACGCAACAUGCUGGGUAUGGCCGGCCACAGCAACAACGGAAUCCUGUACCAAAGCGACAUUAUCAUGAUGGCCAAGCCAGAACACAAAAAUCGGGCGGUCAGGUAUAUUUUUUUUUCGCCGCGAACGCGAUUUAUUCUUACAGGGCGCAACGAUUUCUGGCCGUCAACAAUUGAAAGGCACAAAUCAAAAACCAUCAAGUCGAAAAAUUCCAUCACCAUUCAAAGGAAAAAUCGAAAUCGCAUCUUCACAGACUCGUCGCCGGCAAGACCGCGAUCGCGGCCCGGUGCGACUGGCACCGCACGAGCCAGCUGGGCGAGACGGGCGCAAUAUCGCACGAAAAAACUGUUUCACUGUCGUGAUGAUCUUGCAAGAUCUGCAUCACAAGUUUGUUUACACAUGACACAGAAAAUUUGCCAUGCGGGCUUCCCAAGGGAAAACACGCUGAAAAAUCCAAUGUCUUGCAGGUGUCGCAACACAAAUCGUUCUGUGCUCCAUUCUCUGCAUCACAAGUUCACAGUGAAACAGUUUUUUCUUGCGAUACGCAACCCUGCGGGAGAGCAUCCAGAAGGCCAUGGCGAAGCACGCGAUGCCGCCCCCGGCGAAGCAGAAGAAGGCACUGCCCAAGCCCGACGACGUGUUGUCGAAAAAACGGGGCGGGAAGCGGCACCGCGCGCUGAAGGAAAAGUACGGGCAGAGCGAGAUGGCGAAGCAGAUGAACCGCGUCAAAUUUGGGGAGCAAGAGGAGGAAAUUGACCAGGAGCACAUGGGCUUCGGGCUGGGCAUGAUCCAAAUCACCUCGACCAAGGGCAAAAACCAAGACUACGUCGGCGGAGGACUCACGACUGGUAUUGUAAUCAUGUGUGACAGUAGUUUUUUUCUACGUGAAAUGUAGUUGUUCAAGCGGACGACGAAAAGUAAACGUUAACGUUUUCUUUCGUGCUUUCAUCCUUGGUGAUGCUUGCAAUUGCAUUUCAAUGGCUUUCGUUACUAGUGUUCCAUGAAACUUCUAAGGAAAGAACACAACCCAAACCAGGCAAAGUUCGGGCCGCGAAGAUGAAGGACCGGGGAGGUCACGUCCACCCGGCCGGCCGGCCGGCCGGACCGUGACCGGGGGUAGAUCAUGUCCCGCGGCUGCUAUCCGGGCGCGGGCUGCGCCAGAUGUUAGUUUUGCAAGCAGAGCCGCUCCGGCUCCACCCGCAGUGCCUAUAAUCGAAAGCGUGGCUGGGCCUCAGGCUCCUGCAAAAUAGCUAGCGUUGAUGCGGGGGCGGAUUUUAUUUAUGCAGUAGCUACUGUAGCGAGACACCGCUGGCAACCGCUCGAAACACCCUGCCCACCCACCCCACCCCAACCCAACCCUCACUCACACGGCUGCGACUCCCCCGCCCCCGUCCGUUUCCCCGACUUUGCUUGCGCGCAAACGGAGAAAAGGGGCUGGGGACAGGAAUGCACUGCCACUUCGUGGCGCUGCCACUUGGAUCCGCCUGAGCUCGGACGACGCGCCGCAUAUUGAGACCUGUGGCUCUCAGGCGCAGUGACCUGAACCCUAGCACUGAACGACUUUGGCUCAAGGUACAGCGCCACGACCUCCUGGUGCCCCCAUGCCCUUUUCACUCUUCGCGCGAAGGGUGAAAAGGGGCCGGGGGUGAGAAGUCAAGGCGCUGAGCAAUGAGCCAAAAAUGUCGCGACGCAGACUUCGCGUCUUUGCCACAGUCAUAGGUCCGCGUCAAUAUCAUGCAGCACGCCCAUGGGCGUCAGCAGGUCGGAUGCGUUGUAUAUUGAGCCCAGAACGAAGUCGUGGCUCCGAGGUUUAGUGAGCCGCACUCUAGUACCACUGGACGACUUUGGCUCAAGGCACAAUGCCGCGACUCCAUCCUCCCAAUCCCUUCUCACCCUUCGUGCGCGCGAGGGGUAAAAAGGGACGGAGGGUAGCAAGUCACGGCGUUGCGCCCUCGAUGCAGACUUCAGGUCACUGCUACAUGUACUCGUUGCAGCAGGUCCAUCUCUAUGGGCAUUCGCUCGCCUUCGGGCGCAUUACAUAUUAAGGCCUGGGGCUCCAAGGUGCCGCGAGGUGCAUUCUGCCACUGCACGCCUUUGGCUCAAGGUGCAGUGCCGUCACCUCCUACCCCCACGAGCGACUGGCCCCAGGAUGUGGGUCGACCAGGGACAACCCCCGGUCACGGUCCGGCCGCCCGGCCGGCCGGGCGGACGUGACCGGCCCGGUCACGUCGAGAUUCUAUGUUAGCUUAUUCUAAGGAAAGAACACAAUCCAAACCAGGCAAAGUUCGGGCCGCGAAGAUGAAGGAACAGCAGCGAGCGCAGGCGGCAAUGAAGCGACAACGGCUGGCAGCAGGGGCCGGCGCACGGGAAAGUGGCAUGAGCAGUUCCUUGGCGUUCACACCGGUGCAGGGAAUCGAGUUAGUGAAUCCAAACGUACAAGCCAAGACCAUCAACCCCGCGGACCGCUACUUCGCGCAGUCGGCAAACUUCCAAGCCCUCGACAACGUGAAGAAGUGACUGGCUACUUCUCGCCUGUGCGUGGAGUUGUUCUUUGGUGCAUGGUGGUUGAUGACAAUAUCAUUGCGACACCUGAAAUACUGAAAGUCAGCGACCAUAAUGUACUUGAAAUAAAUGGACCGUCCCGCGUUGGCCGUUGCCGCGGCGCGAAAUAAACCAUGGGUAUUAUGAUGACGAAGAAACACAAGAAAGGAACAAGUGAGGACGUAGAGUAUAAAUGUGAAUUUACCGACGUCGGAAUGAGCAUUCACCUGGCUGAAGAAACUCGCUGCAGG